CCCGGCGGCACCCACCCGUUCCCGGAGCAAAAAUAAAACGAUCCCAAAACACAAAAGAAUCCGCCACCUCGCCGGCGACAGGGGCGACCUCGCGCGCCCCGGCCGGUGCUGACCCCGACUUCUCCAUGCAUCCAUUCUGCUGCGCGCCUCUCGUGCCCGUAUCGCCCGCGGCCUCUGCCGCCCCCGCUGCGUCCUCCGCUGUGGCGGGCACCCAGGCCGUGAUGCCGCCACCGCAGCCCCCGCCGUUGCCGCCUCCGCCGCCUCGAAACAACUCCGCCACUGGCGGUGAGAGGCGCGCGCGCGCAGCGGGGGUCAGCGGUGGUGGAGGAGGCGAUUCCUCGCCGCUCGAGGGGGUGAAGCUGAACGAGAUCGUCGGCGGCGGCAUCUCGGGAAUCAUGUACAAGUGGGUGAACUACGGGCGCGGGUGGAGGCCGCGCUGGUUCGCUCUCCACGAAGGCGUGCUCUCCUUCUACAAGAUCCACGGGCCCGACCGCAUCAUCCUAUCGCGCGAGACCGAGCGGGGCGCCAAGGUCAUCGGCGAGGAGUCCCUCCGCCGCCUCAACCGCCCCUCCGCCUUCUCGCCGUCCCACUCCAACGGCCACCACCACCCUCGAAAUCCCAUCGGCGAAAUCCACCUCAAGGUGUCAACCGUGAGGGAGAGCAGAUCGGACGACAGGAGAUUCUCCAUCUUCUCGGGGACGAAGACGUUGCACCUGCGGGCGGAGACCAGGGAGGACAGAGCUGCGUGGCUCGAGGCGCUGCGGGUGACCAAGGACAUGUUCCCGAGGAUGUCCUCUAGCGAGAUGGUCGGGCCAGGGGACACCGCUGCGGCAGUGGCCGUCUCAACCGAGCGCCUAAGGCAGCGGCUGCAGCAGGAAGGGGUCAGCGAGGCGGCCAUUGCUGACAGCGAGAGGAUCGUGCGAGAAGAAUUCGAGGCUCUGCACAAGCAGCUUGUGCUCGCCAAGCAGAAGCAUGCGCUCCUCUUGGAAACUCUUCGCCAGCUAGAGGGUGUGUCAUGCACUCAUGCUUGUGAUAUUCUGCAUCUUGUACAUGAUUGAGUUCAUUGAAGAAAAAAGUACGAAGCUACUGGUAAAAAAUUGGUUUACAGAACGUGCUAUUCUGCAGUAGAUUGCAUCCACUGACCAUAUUGUACCUGGAGAUCUGAAUGUUAGCUGUUACUCUGUGGAUGGUGCUGUAAAUUUUUCAAUUCGUCUACUACCUUCCCUACGCUGUUGUUUUUGUCAAUCGCCAAACGUACUUGGGCAUUUGAUAAUGAAUCUGCUACUGAAGCUAGCUU